UGCAGGUUUUGUUCUCCUUUAUCUCCAAGUCUUCUCUCUGCAGUUUGUCUUUGAGAACGUGAGGUUCCGGCAGCUCCAGAGGGCAAAGUUCCAGAUCAUGAACGAUGGGCAGGUCCCCUGUCACUUUGCCUUCAUCCCCAAGCUGAACGACACUCAGUUCUGCAAGCCCUGGCUACGUGUGGAGCCAUGUGAUGGCUACCUGGAGCCCAAUGAGACGGUGGAGAUCUCCCUGGAGGUGUAUGUCAGCAAGGACUCUGUUACCAUGCUCAACUCCAGCGAGGACUCCAUUGAAGACAUCCUGGUGCUGCACCUCGACCGGGGCAAGGACUACUUCCUCAUCAUCGGGGGCAACUACCUGCCCAGCUGCUACGGCACCUCCCUGGAGACCCUGUGUCGCAUGAAGAAGCCCAUCCGAGAGAUCCCCAUCACUAAGCUCAUUGACCUGGGAGAAGAAAGCCUCACUGAGACGGAGAGGUCUUGUUUAGAUCUCCUCCCAGUGGACAACGUUGGAACUGAAGACAAACCCUUGAAAAUACCCAAGGAGGUCUGGCUGCUGGUGGACCAUCUGUUCACAAAAGCCUGUCGACAGGAGGACCUGUUCCAGACUCCAGGAAUGCAGGAGGAGCUGCAGGCUAUAAUAGACUGCCUGGAUACCAGCAUUCCUAACACAAUCCCCGGUAGCAACCAUUCAGUAGCCGAGGCCCUGCUCAUUUUCCUGGAGGCCUUGCCUGAGCCGGUGGUGUGUUAUGAACUGUACCAGCGCUGCCUGGACUGCUCCCACGACAGCCGGCUCUGCAGACAGUUGAUCUCCCAGCUGCCCCGGGUUCACCGCAAUGUUUUCCGGUACAUCAUGGCAUUCCUGCGAGAGCUCCUGAAGUAUUCCGAAGACAACAAUCUCAACGCCAGUAUGAUAGCCACGCUGUUUGCCAGCCUCCUGAUCCGGCCCCCACCCAACCUGAUUGGAAGACAGACUCACCACGACCGUCAGAAAGCCAUAGACUUCAUGCUGGGGUUCCUUCUGGGCGGGGAUGAGGAGUAGAGCAGCCCGCCAGUUGGAGGAGUGGCAAUGGGAGGAUGUACCUAGAGGGCAAAGAGUUAAUGAUUGUGGGCAGUGAUAAAAGACUAUCAUGGGUACUGGUCCUGAUCUAUGCAGCCUGUUAAUAUAGAGAUGUGUGUCGCUGUGGAUAGAGGAGUUGUUUAGAUGGGGAGGGAUCAAUGCAGUAAACCAGCAAGCAGGACUGAGAAUAAGACUUCCAUUGCAUGGCAGAGUGAUCCAAUCCAACUAUGAGCUUAUCUAACCACCAAGUACAGGUAAUAAUCUCAUGUCUGAUGAAGCAGAUUGUGAAAUCAGGAAUGACUCAAACUGCUUAGGAAUGGAUGUCCUAUUGCUAUAACUGUUCUAAGGUCUAGUAUACUUGAUGGCAUCUACUCCUGAAACACACAGACACCCUUCCUCCCACCACCCCCACACAGCUAUCGGUACCAUGAAUGCAAGGACAGACCAGAAACAAGACUUGUAUCUCCUGCUGUUUGAGGUGUACAGUCAGGGCACGUCCAAUGCUGUUAAUGUUGAAAGCCAUUAACUCCCAACAUAGGAUUCUUAUGGUGUUUCAACUCCUGUUCCCAGGUACUUCUCAAUAAUGCUGUAUUCAUCCUACCUUGCAAAAAAUGGAGGGUCGUUAGAGUCUGUGCCAAAAUGUGCCCAUAGUUACCCACAUGCUAAGGUAAUGCCUUCCACACUACUUGCCAGGAUUGUUCAUUGUUCGUUGCAGAGGAGAACCACUGCAGCAGUAUUUAUAGGAGUGAGCGGUAAACUGAAGCUUGUUUUGCUACCAUAUUAAACGGGACCUGCAUUCAGCCCAAUUUGAAACCACAAGCACACCCACUGGCGAACCCAAAACGCACUUAGAUGUCCAUGCGUUUUGGGUUGUUAAUUUGGUGUGUUAUAAUGUUAGUACAGUAUUAUUUAUUUUUUUAUUCCAAAGUAAGAAGUGCACAGGAUGGAAGACAUCAGCCCCAGUUCUCUUUGGCUCCAACUGCAUUAUUAUCUUUAUUCAGACAGAGACUUGAACCCAGGUCUGUUGGCUGCUAUUCAACUUCAUUAUUAACAUAAUUAAACACACUAAAGUUUGAAGAUACUUUGCAAUCUGGCACCAUCAUUAUCACUGUGUAAUCCAAAAAAAAAAAAAGAACUAGAGGAAUUGACCAGGUACUGUACAUCAAGGGAUCAGGACUCUGGUUUAUGCUCUUGAUUAGAUCACCUUUUUGCUUCUCAUAGAAACUUGUAUAUGCAGACACAGCAGUAGCCCUGCAAUUUACAGACUGCCAAUGAGUCACGGUGUACACUGGAAACUGACUCUGCAUUAACUAUCUGCGUUCAUGUCUUAACUCUGGUGUACAUACUGUAGUGUUUCUUUCUUUGCGUGAUGUAAAAAUGUCUCGUACUGUAAGUUUAAGUGCAGUUAAAAAAUGUUUAUGUAUAUAUUUAUGUGAAUUCUGUGCCCUAUAAACGGUACACUCUAAAUACAAAAAGAAAGUUCCUCCAUU